CUGGCCAGCACACGCCGAGAACAUUUGCUCUCCUGACCAACGGACAGCCUGUCCCUCCUCCACCCUCACCCCCUUGCUAUCCCCAAAGCAAACGAAGCUGAUUGUCUCAGCAGGCCCUGUGGGUGCUGGCCGGCCGGCCGGCCGCAGGCCACAGACGGAGGUGCCACCCGCCAGAGCCCCACCAGACACACAGGGCAUUGUCCCUUAGUCAACAGCCCCUGGGCACCUCGGCUGGUUCCUGGCCUGCCCCCACGCCCCUCACCGCCUGCCGCUGCGCCAGGCCCAACCAGCUGGGGGCCCCAGCCGAGGAUGAGCCCACCCACCCCCAGCAGCCCCCUGAUGAGCUAUAAUUGCUUCGCUCCGUCCUGUUGCUGCCAUUCUCUUGGAGGAGGCAUCUGGGGUUCCAGGACGGCGGCAGCUGCAGGCCGGCCGCCUGGCUCGUCGGGAUGGACUGGCUGUACAACCUGCUAUUUCUUCUUACCAUCUCCAUCUUCCUGGGGCUGGGCCAGCCCAGGAACCCCAAAAGCAAGCGGAAGGGGCAAGGGCGGCCUGGAACCGUGGCCCCUGGGCCUCAUCAGGUGCCACUGGACCUGGUAUCGAGGGCGAAACCAUACGCCCGCAUGGAGGAAUACGAGAGAAACCUUGGGGAGAUGGUGGCCCAACUGAGGAAUAGCUCCGAGCCAGCGAGGAGGAAGUGUGAGGUCAACCUGCAGCUGUGGCUGUCCAACAAGAGAAGCCUGUCACCAUGGGGCUACAGCAUCAACCACGACCCCACCCGCAUCCCGGCAGAUCUGCCUGAGGCGCGGUGCCUGUGCCUGGGCUGCGUGAACCCCUUCACCAUGCAGGAGGACCGCAGCAUGGUGAGCGUGCCCGUGUUCAGCCAGGUGCCGGUGCGCCGCCGCCUCUGCCCGAUGCCGCCCCGCACCGGGCCCUGCCGCCAGCGCGCUGUCAUGGAGACCAUCGCCGUGGGCUGCACCUGCAUCUUCUGAAUGGCCUGGGCCCAGAGCCUGUGGGCAGCUGGG